UAUAAUAAAAACCAAAUUGUUAUCAAGAGCAUCAUGAAUUAUGAAACCGGGGAGUAUGUGCAUGAGCAUUUCCUCAAGUGCAUAAUGCAUGCGCGCGGUACUAUUUAUUCAACAUUUCAACUCGUCGAUCUACGAUAAACUAUGCCAGAAAACGAUGCGACACCGUUGGGUGGCCACCCUGGCCCGUCGAUCGCAUUCCACGCAUAAAUGCUUCGCGAUUACUCAUCUUCCGAGAGUAUAUACUACUAGUAUGCUGUAUCCGUGGACAUCACCAGUAGCUCGGGAAGCACUCUGCAUGCAUAUCCUUUCUCUUCCAAUGGCCGCAGCCGCCGCCUCAACUGUGCCCCAGUCGUCUUCCACCAGCAGCACACCGCAAAACACCAUCUCCACUCACUCCACUGAGCUUGUCAGGGGCUCGCAUGAGUUCACCGUCGCCGGCUACAGCCUACAGAAGAGGAAGGGCGCCGGGCACUCCAUCAGGUCCGGCUCAUUCGAGGUCGGUGGAUACAGCUGGGCGAUCCGAUUCUACCCUGCUGGCAGCACGAAGGAAGAAGAAAGACACGUGUCCGUGUACCUCGAGCUGCGAAGCACUGUGGUAGAGAAAGUUACCGCGAGGUUCAGUUUCCACGUCCAUGGCGCUAGCGCGAGCUCGUUGCAUAUGCGCGGUAGUUUUGACGACUACACGCCUACCAGCAAAUCAUGGGGGUACCCGAAAUUUAUGGAGAUAGAAACCGUGGAGUCGGAGUACCUGAUCAACGACUGCCUGACGUUGCUCUGCGACGUGGAGGUUGUCAAGACGGUGAAGACCGGAGCAACCAUUAGCUGCUUCAUCACGGUUCCGCCGCCGGCCAUCUGCCGUGAUCUCGAGCUGCUGGUGGGGAGCAAGGAGGGCUCCGACGUGACGCUCCAGUUGGAGCAGAGCGAGUACGACGCUCACAGAGCGGUUCUCGCGGCGCGGUCUCCGGUGUUCAGCGCUCAGUUCUUCGGCCCAAUGGCGGACGAGGACGCCGCCGCCGCCGGCAGCCGGAGGAACGUGCGGAUCCACGACAUCAAACCGGCGGUGUUCGAGGCCGUGCUCCACUUUGUCUACACCGACACGUUGCCGCCGGCCACCACGAGCUGGUCCGCGAGCCACCGCGACAAGCGUCCUAAGCUCAGCGACGUCGCGGCCGCCAGCUGCUCGGAAGAAGAGGUGAGAGUGAUGAUCGGAGAGCGGCUCGCGGCGGCCGACAGAUUUGACCUGGAGAGGAUGAGGCUGCUGUGCGAGGACGCGCUGUGGGAGACCAUCGACGUGGCGAACGCGGCGGCGACGCUGCGGCUGGCUGACCGGCACCAUUGCCCGCAGCUCAAGGAGCUCUGCAUGGAGUACAUCGCCUCGGCUGGGGUGUUGGCGGCCGUGAUGACAACCGAGGGGUUCAGGGAGCUCAAGCUGGACUGCCCCUCACUUCUGAUCGAGAUCCUGGAGAACUUUGGAAAACGCAGCGAGGCCGAUGAGGAAUAAUACAAUAUUAUUUCUGUAUUAUCAUUGGACAAGUAAUUUAGUUUUCGAACAAUGAUCUUGGAAUGAAAAGUGGCACGUACUGUGCAAUCAUUUUUUAAUCCCUUGUAUCUGGCUUGUAGUAAGAGCAAGUUUAAUAAUAUUAUAACCGAUU